AUGUUCAAAUACCUAAAGCAGCUAUGGCGGCAGGGCCAAGCGGCGGGCGCGGCCCUUGACAAGCGUCGGCUGCAGCAGCAUGCUGACACGCACCGCCUGCUGCUGCUCGCAUGGCUGCGGGAGCAGGGAGGAUCAGCGUCGGAAGCAGCAGCAUCGAGGUUCGCCCAGGAGGUAGCGGCACUGCCACUGGAGGAGAGCAGACGUGAGCUUGCAGGGAUGAUGCGGGCCCAUAUGCGACAAACGCUGCAGGCCAUGCAGGCUGUCUUUGAGCCCGCCUCUGCGUGUGGCAGUGGCAGUGGUAGUGCCAGCGGGACGGGCCAGGAGUCAGGCCAGGAGCCGUUUGUCAGUGAGCUCAGCUUUGCACUGGGACAGCCUCUCGAAGGCAGGAAACGGCCCAGCAACACAGCUCAUCCGUCACACCUCUCCCCUUCAGAAGCCUCUUCCGCCUUUUACCGUUUCCCCCUCGUGGACAGCAAUAACCCGUACCUGCUCGCACGGUUCGAUGGGGUGAUUGUAGAUGCGAGGCCGUGGGGGGUUGGAGGGGCAGGCAGGGAAAUGUGGAGCGGGAUAGAGGAGGAGAAUCUUGCGUGGUUGAGGGAGAGGGAGCGGUGGGAGAGAGAGGAGGGUUUGCAGAGGAUUGAUGACCAGUGGUUAAAGGGAAGGGGAGCGAGGGAUGAGGAGCGGGCAUUGGCAGAUGCAGUGAGUGGUUCCACCACAGGUCCCAGUGCAAGCAGUACAAGUAGCAGUGUUGUCGGCGAUCGCGACGACGCCAGCAGCGGCAGCAACGGCAGCAGCGGCAGCAACAGCAGCAGCAGCAGCAGCACUAGCAUGUUUUCAUUCAAUAGGGCACUGGAAGCGGCACUAGCCCGCGUGCUGGUGGGAGGCGACAGCUGGCGCAACAACGCGGCUCUUCUCACUGCAGCCAUCGCUGCCACUCAAGUGGAGAUCGAGAGGAGGAACCCUCUUGCUCUGGCUCACUUUGCAAACCACCCGGGAGGUUCCGGGCAAUCGCCCAAUGUGGCGAUUUGCCCUCUGGACAUUCCAUUGGAGGAUACAGAGUGGAACAAUCUCCGGCCGUACAUGCCUAAUUCUGUGUUCCGCUUAAUGGAAAAGAGAUCGGAGGGAAUGAGGAGAGGGCGGAGGUCUGCAGGCAGGAGGGGGUCAGAACGUGACUCUGUUGAGACGAGUAUGGAAGUGGAUGGUGAUGAUGAAGACGAGGAGAUGAAAGGGGGGGUGCUGAGGACUGUGGUGCUGGUGGCGACAGAUGUGAUCAAGGAUGGGGAGGAGGUGUUUCUUGACUAUAGAUUGAACCCCAAUGCCAAUCGCCCUGACUGGUAUGUUCCGGUGGAUGCCAAGGCAGAGGAGAGGCGCUGGUCAUAG